AUGUCGAGAUGGGGGAGGGGCAAAACCCAAGGCCGAGAGACCAGUGAGCAGGUAACUGCGUUAAUCCAGGUGGAAGACGCUGGUGGCCUGCACUCGGGUAGUCAGAGAGUGGCAGGAGCGACAACAGACAAGAACUGUGGAAGAGGCGGGGCGGGCCCGAGGCAGGCGCGCGCGGCGCGGGCCCGCGGGCGGAGCGUCCGUGACCCGCGUGCCAGCCUCGGCGUCCCGGCCCGGGCGUCCGCGAGGUGGGGGCAGGCGGCGGCUGGGCGCCCCCAGGCUGAGGGGUCGCGUGCCGCCGAGGACCCCCUCUUGCCACGGCCUCGGCGGCGCUCCCCAGCCGCGGCCAGCUGGGCGUCCCGCGAGGACUGGGAGCUGCCCGAGGGCCGUCGUCGUCGCCAGCCCGGUAGCCCGGAUGUCGCUGCCCCCCGCGGCGGGGCCGCCGACGCGCUUCUCGGCCCCGGGAGGAGGCUUGUCUUAAAGGGACAGCGCCCCGUUCGAGGCAGAGGGGGCGCUGCGUUCUGCCCUCCGUGCGCGACCCCUGCCCCGAGGGGCCGCUGCGCCGCCGCCCCGAGCCCCCUCUUCAGGGCCGGGCGUCAUCGGAGCGCGGCGCGCCCUCCCCCGGAUGGCCGCAGAUGGCCGCCCAGAGGCCAGGUUUUCCUCUGGCCCGAGCCGUGGCCGGUGGCGCCGCGCGGGGCCUGGAGGCGCCGGCCUGUGAUUGGCCGAGGCCGCCGUGAAUGCAGGACAUUGUCUGGUCGCGGCCGUCUCUGUCCCUGCCCGCCACCCUCGCACGGAUCAAAAUGGGUGCGGAGCGAGGGCCCGGGCCCGCCCGCUCCCCCGGCCCGGGGGUCUUGUCCACGGUGGGCACACCGCGGUGGGAGAGCGUAACUUUUACAGAUCACGGAUGCUGAGAAGGGCAUAAAGCUUCCUCAAAUGACGGUGGUUCCAGGCUCCUCGUCUUCGCCCAGCAUAAUAUAGGAGUAAAAAGCAGAAGUCAUCAGCAGACAGGUUCCAGCUGUCUCUGGAAGGGAAACGUGCAUAGUUGUGUGGAUGUCUGUGAGUGAAGCAAAUUUAGUUUUGAUUAUUUAAACUUUUAGCGUUUAAAUUGUUGAUUUUUACCGUUCAACGGAUUUUACUUAAAAGUUAUUGAAUAAAUGAUUAAAACUUAGAGAUUAAGCUGAGGGAACUAAAAGUGUUAUUGAUAGUAAAUAUGAGCAGCAGGUGAUCUAAUAUAGUCUAUAAGGUAGGAAAUGUCUUGCCAGAGAAGUUUGAGACUUUUCCAGCAAGUCUUUUCCUUAGGAUUUUUGCGUUGGUAUUCAGUAUACUAUAACUAUAGAUUAAUCUAUACAGAGUAAUGGAACUGUAUUAAUAAAUUGCUGUGUAUUAAUCUGUAUAGAGUUAUGGAACUCUCGGUAUAUGCCAAAUAUCAUUCUCAGUAUCUUCUAGAGUCACAAGUAUCCGAGGGAGCAGGCACAAUUUUCAUCCCCAUUUUAAAGUCAGAUGCUGAAGCUCUAAAGGUUAGGUAGCUUGCUCAAGGUCAGGCAGUUGAUGGGUGUAGAGCUGGGAAUCAGGCCUUUAAUUCUGUCUGACUCUGUUCAAAGCCAUGUUUCUGUGUUUUUUGUUUUCUUUUUAAGAUUUUAUUUUUUUCCUUUUUCUCCCCAAAGCCCCCCGGUACAUAGUUGCACAUUCAUCGUUGUGGGUUCCUC